AUGUCUGAAAAUAACGAAGAACAACAACACCAACAACAACAACAACAGGAGCCCGUUGCUGUUGAAACCCCUUUAGUAACUGAAGUUUCAACUUCAGCAGACCCAUCCGCUGAGCAGAACGUCUCUAGUGAAGGAAACUCUGAACAAGUUGACGAUGAACAAGGUGAAAACGAUCCUUCUGUAGUUCCUGCUAAUGCUAUCACUGGUGGUAGAGAAACUUCUGACAGAGUCUUGUAUGUCGGUAACUUAGACAAAGCUAUUACCGAAGACAUUUUAAAGCAAUAUUUCCAAGUCGGUGGUCCAAUUGCCAAUAUUAAGAUUAUGAUUGAUAAGAACAAUAAGAAUGUCAAUUACGCCUUUGUUGAAUACCACCAAUCUCAUGACGCUAAUAUUGCCUUGCAAACGUUAAAUGGCAAACAAAUUGAAAACAAUGUUGUCAAGAUCAACUGGGCUUUCCAAUCCCAGCAAAGCUCCUCCGAUGAUACAUUUAACUUAUUCGUUGGUGAUUUGAACGUUAAUGUCGAUGAUGAAACUUUAAGAAACGCCUUCAAAGAUUUCCCAUCUUAUUUGAGUGGCCAUGUUAUGUGGGAUAUGCAAACUGGUAGUUCAAGAGGUUACGGUUUUGUUUCCUUCACUUCUCAAGAUGAUGCUCAAACUGCCAUGGACAGUAUGCAAGGUCAAGAUUUGAACGGUAGACCACUAAGAAUCAACUGGGCUGCUAAGCGUGAUAACAACAACAGCAACAACAACAACAACAACAACAACAAUAACAACAACAAUACUAAUAACUACCCACAACGUCGUAACUACGGCAAUAACAACCGUGGUGGCUUCCGUCAAUAUAACAACAACAACAACAAUAACAACAUGAACAUGGGGAUGAACAUGGGGAUGAACAUGAACAUGAACAGCAACAGAGGUAUGCCACCAAGUUCAAUGGGCAUGCCAAUGGGCGCUAUGCCAUUGCCAUCUCAAGGCCAACCUCAACAAUCCCAGACCAUUGGUUUACCACCUCAAGUAAAUCCACAAGCGGUCGACCAUAUCAUCAGAAGUGCUCCACCAAGAGUCACCACUGCUUAUAUCGGUAACAUUCCACACUUUGCCACUGAGGCUGAUUUAAUUCCAUUGUUCCAAAACUUCGGUUUCAUUCUAGAUUUCAAGCACUACCCAGAAAAGGGAUGUUGUUUCAUAAAAUAUGACACCCACGAACAAGCUGCUGUUUGUAUUGUUGCCUUGGCCAACUUCCCAUUCCAAGGUAGAAACUUGAGAACUGGUUGGGGUAAGGAAAGAUCAAACUUCAUGCCACAACAACAACAGCAACAAGGUGGUCAACCACUGAUAAUGAAUGACCAACAACAACCAGUUAUGCCUGACCAACAACAGCAACAGCAGCAACAGCAACAACAGCAACAACAAUAA